AUGGGUUUAUUCUCAUCGCCUUUAGUUUUUAUUCUUAGCUUGUUCCUCGUUACUAGUUUCGCUAUUAUUGCCCAAAGCCGAAUAGCUAGGAAAGACUUGGGUUUGGAUUUCGGAGGUCGGGGUGAUGUAGGAGCUCGAGUAGGUUCAGGUCUAGGCUUAGGUGGAGGUGGUUCCGCAUCGGGCUCUGGAUCUGGUUCUGUUGGUGCAGGAGGUCGAGGUGCAGGUAAUGUAGGGGGAAAUGUAAGAGGUAAUAUAGGAGGUAAUGUUGGAGGCGCAAUAGGUACAGGCAUAGGCUUAGGUGGAGGUGGUUCUGCAUCUGGUUCUGCUGGUGCGGGUAGUCAGGGUGGGGGUAACGUAGGAGGUAAAGUCGGAGGCAAUGCAGGAGGUGGCGCAGGUACAAACAUAGGGUUAGGUGGAGGUGGUUCUGCUUCAAGCUCCGCUGGUGCAAGUGGUCAAGGUGGAGGAGAUGUCGGAGGUAAAAUCGGAGGUAAUGCAGGAUCUGGAGUAGGUACAAACAUAGGAUUAGGUGGAGGUGGUUCUGCAUCCGGCUCAGGUUCUGCAUCUGGCUCCGCUGGUGCAGGUGGUCAAGGUGGAGUAAAUAUAGGAGGUAAAGUCGGAGGUAAUGCAGGAGCCGGCGUAGGCACAAACAUAGGCUUAGGUGGAGGUGGUUCUGCAUCUGGUUCUGCUGGUGCGGGUAGUCAAGGUGGGAGUAAUGUAGGAGGUAAUGUAGGAGGUGGUGCAGGUACAAACAUAGGCUUAGGUGGAGGUGGUUCUGCAUCCGGAUCAGGUUCCGGUUCAGGCUCCGCUGGUGCAAGUGGUCAAGGUGGAGGAAACGUCGGAGGUAAAGUCGGAGGUAAUGCAGGAGCUGGAGUAGGUACAAACAUAGGCUUAGGUGGAGGUGGUUCUGCAUCCGGCUCAGGUUCUACAUCUGGCUCCGCUGGUGCAGGUGGUCUAGGUGGAGUAAAUGUAGGAGGUAAAACCGGAGGUAAUGCAGGAGCUGGGGUAGGUACAAACAUAGGCUUAGGUGGAGGUGGUUCUGCAUCUGGUUCUACUGGUGCAGGUAGUCAAGGUGGGGGUAAUGUAGGAGGUAAAGUCGGAGGUAAUGCAGGAGGUGGCGCAGGUACAAACAUAAGCUUAGGUGGAGGUGGUUCUGUUUCAGGCUCUGCUGGUGCGAGUGGUCAAGAUGGAGGAGAUGUCGGAGGUAAAGUCGGAGGUAAUGCAGGAGCUGGAGUAGGUACAAACAUAGUCUUAGGUGGAGGUGGUUCUGCAUACGGCUCAGGUUCUGCGUCUGGGUCCGUUGGUGCAGGUGGUCAAAGUGGAGGAAAUGUAGGAGGUAAAGUCGAAGGUAAUGCAGGAGCCGGCAUAGGUACAAACAUAGGAUCAGGUGGAGGUAGUUCUGCAUCUGGAUCAGGUUCUGCUUCAGGCUCCGGUGGUGCAAGUGGCCAAGGUGGAGGAAAUCUCGGAGGUAAAGUCGGAGGUAAUGCAGGAGCUGGAGUAGGUACAAAUAUAGGCUCAGGUGGAGGUGGUUCUGCAUCCGGCUCAGGUUCUGCAUCUGGUAACGCUGGUGCAGGUGGUCAAGGUAGUGGUGGUGUAGGAGGUAAAGUUGGAGGUAAUACUAGAGCUGGAGUAGGUACAAACAUAGACAUAGGUGGAGGAGGUUCUGCAUCCAGUUCAGGUUCUGCUUCUGGCUCCGCGGGUGCAGCUGGUCAAGGUGGAGGUAAUGUAGGAGGCAAUGCUGGAGCUGGAGUAGGUACAAACAUUGGCAUAGGUGUGGACGGUUCCGUAUCCGACUCAGGUUCUGCUAGUGCACGAGGUCGAGGUGGAGUUGAUGUAGGAAGUAACGUAGGAACUGGUAUAGGUGCUGGCAUAGGCAAGUGA